GAUGAUAACGAGCGUGUCGCGGCUACACUAGAUUUCCAGCUGAUAGACAAGGCCAACAGGCAGCCCGACAAGUGCAUAAUGGACAAUGGAGUCCCUUUGGGGUCCUUGGUGUCCUCAGUUGUCCGGAACAUGUCACGCCUGCCGCACGUUUGCGGACUCUGCCUGCUCCUCUGGCUGUGGCAGCUGCUGGCCUUGGCGCCCUUCAGCUACAGCCGGAGCAGCGGAGCCCGUUGCCGCCGCCUGCUGACCCUGAGCGGUGUACUCCGUUGGCUGCUGCUGACUGGACUCGCGCCUCUGAUGCUGUGGCAGAGCGCGGCCAUGUACGAUGCCACCAAUGUGCGGCACUCGCUGAUCUUUAAGAACAUCGCCCUGGCGGCCAUGACGGGCGAUGUUUUCAUCUCGCUGGCGCUGCUGGGCGCCCACCUCUGGCAGCGUCGGCGAUUGGCCAAGCUGCUGAAUGGCCUGGCGCAGCUGCAUCGCAAACGGAAGCUGGGCUGGUGGGCAACGCUGCUGCUGUGGCUCAAGCUCCUCCUGUCGCUCUACGAGCUGCUCUGCAACGUGCCCUUCCUGCAGGGGGCGGGCAGUCGUCUGCCCUGGACGCAGCUGCUGGCCUACGGCGUCCAGCUCUAUGUGCAGCAUGUGAGCAGCGUCUAUGCGAAUGGCAUAUUCGGCGUAAUGCUGCUGCUGCUCGCCAGCCUGGACCACCUGGAGCAGCAGGACUCACUGGCUCUGGCACGGCUGCUGCGACGCGAGCGCCGCUGGCUGCGCCUGUCCACGGACUUUGUCGGCCGCUUUCAGCUGGGCAUCUUUCUGCUGGUCAUCGGAUACUUUGUCAACAUUCUGGCCAACAUGUACGCCUACAUGUCGUACUUCGUCUCGCAGCAUGGCGUGCCACUGACCAUCUCCAACUACUGUCUGAUUGUCACCAUCCAGCUGUAUGCCCUGAUUUUGGCUGCCCAUCUCUGCCAGGUGCGGCACGCCCGUCUGCGUCAACGCUGCCUGGCAUUGGGCUAUCUUCCCCCAGCCAUUAACCAGCAGAAGGCCAUGGAGUGGACGCCGUUUCCCUUGGUCGCACCUUUGGACAGUCUCAAGUUCUCCGUUUUGGGGCUAUUCACCCUGGACCAUUCGUUUUGGCUUUUCCUGGUCUCGUACGCCAUGAACUUUAUUGUCAUUAUUUUACAGUUCAGUCUGGAGAAUAUGCAGCACUCAGAUUACUGAGUCAAGCAAAGCACACGUGAUAUUAUUUACUGAGCAAUGCCUCACGCGAAUAUGCCUUGGAAACACCUGCCUGAAUCCACUGGUUUGCACUCAAAAUAUUUUAUUGGUCACAAAAACAAGAG